AUGGGUGCCUCAGAGUCAAAGUUGGUCUUCAAGCAGGGAAUCUUCCGUCUGUCGGAGGAGAGGGAUAUCGCUGCAGAAGAUCCUUAUUGGGCUAGGUUCUGGGAGCUCCCAGAGUCGACAGAGGAUGUCUUCAGUCUGUUCACCCCCGCAGAUAUACGGCGGACUCGCGAUCAUGCAUUAUCGAAUUUCGAAACGCUCUUGCUAUCAAUAACUUCUCGCCUGACUAUCCUGAAAAACCAUCCUUCAUUUCCAGACCCUGAACUUGCCCCCGACCGUGACGCGCUCAAUUGCAUCCGCAUCCUCACCCGGAUCCUGCCUUUCGUUUACGAAGCUGAUUAUUUAGUGGAAUGGGAGGACAAAUUCUUUUGGGGGCGUCGCAGGCGAAAGACGAGGGAGGCACAAGUGGCAACUGAAGUCUUAUUUGAUGAAGCCCAGGCGGAGGAAGCACGCGAUGAGACAUCGCCUCGAGCCAACGAGUACGAGGAAAGGAAACCCCUGGCCGAGGAGCUGAUUGACACUUUAUUGGAUAUGCUCUUUUUUACGGACUUCACCAUCCCUAAGCUGUCUACGGCAACCAGCAAAGUCUCUUAUUCGAUCUGGCAGAGUGGGGUUGGCUGCAAUACCUCCAUGGGGUCCAGCAAAGAACUGGAGAACAACCGCUGUGAGGUACUUAGGCUAUUGCUCACAUUGACAGGAAAGGCUAUGUAUAUGCCUUCCAGUUUAUUGCCGGUACAGGGUGUGAAGGCUGUUACGUAUAUUACAACCUGUACCGACAAGCAGGCCGUAUUAACGCUACUUUGCUCACUGCUAAACACGGCCGUCAAAUACAACCCUGCUUCGUGGAGAGUCCCCUAUGACCAUGUUGUGUGGAAGGACCCCAAGCAGAUCCUGGUUAUAUACUGUCUGCAACUCCUUCUUGUACUUCUGUUAUAUCCAAUCCCUGAAGAUGGGCGAGGAACUCCACCGAAGAACUAUUACCGGCACUAUUUUGGAAGGUUACACAGGCCGCAGGACUUCCAGUUCCUUGUGGAUGGCAUGACAAGGAUUUUGAAUCAGCCCAUGCAAGCGACCACGUCCUACCUUCCUGGCAGCCAAAAGACAGUUAAAUGGGCACCUGAGAUGUUGAUUCUCUUCUGGGAAGCCCUGCAAUGCAACAAACGAUUCAGGUCGUUUAUCAUUGACUCGAAACGCUCACAUGAUUUUGUCAUCCUCUGCAUAUUCUACGCUAUCGAGUAUAAGUCCGACCCUUCUAAGCAAGGCGUGGUUCGAAUGUGCAUAUUUAUAUUGCAGACAAUGAGCGUUGAGCCUAAUUUUGGAAAGAGUCUGAAUAUGAAGUUCGAGGCCCAAGACACUCUCCCUCUAAGCAUCCGUAUUCCUGGCUUUAAAGGAUCUUAUGCGGAUUAUCUUAUCAUGUCCGUUCAUACGUUGAUCACAGCAAGCAAAGGCAAACUGACUGCUGUCUAUUCAGCACUUCUAGCAAUCAUAAAUAAUAUAGCACCCUAUGUGGAGCGUCUAUCACCGCCGGCGUGCUCCAAAUUACUGCAGCUCUUCUCGUCGAUGUCUGCGCCUAGCUUCUUAUUAGCCAACGAGUCGAACCAUGCCCUUCUGGCCUCUGUGCUUGAGUCCAUCAACUCUAUUCUGGAGCAUCAGUUCACGAAUAAUCCUUUUUUGUUGUAUGCGAUCCUGAAGCAUAGAAGGCGCUUCGAGGCGGUUCGGGAGUUUACACUUGAGAGCGGACAACAGGAAAUAGAGCGCCAGAAUGAGAGAAGAAAAGCUGAAAAUGGAUCUAAUGACUUGACUUCCAGCCCAGCCCUUUCCGCAGCUGACGAGGACCCCUAUGCCUCCUCCGGAGCACGGUCACCGCUGGGCCGCAUCCCUGAAGAAAAUAGUCCCUUCGCAAUAGGCGGAGAUGAUUCUGAUGACGAACAGGAAGGGCAGAAAACACCAGCGAACACAUCGCCGUCUGUCCAAGGCUCCCGGAGACCUUCCAUGUCAUCAUCAGUUAUUGAUGAGAGUGUUCCUCUACAACUGCGAGGCAUGUCUGAAAAGGCGAGAGGAAAAAUGCCCGCUGGGCAGCCGUCUUUUUCCCGGCAGAACAGCAUGACCAGUCAGAGUAGCUUGUCGGUAGCGCUCCAGGCGUCUCCCAAUAAUGGUUUUACUCCGACAGCAGCGUGGCUCGAGUCCUGGCUACCGGAGCUCCCUCUGCAUACUAGCCUGACCAUCAUUUCGGCCAUUGCGCCCCAUAUCCCUGAGUCUGCCUUUCAUGCUAUCUCAAGUCCGGAAGCUCGCACUCUACUCGAGAACCUUCACUCAUUUGCGGAAGAUCCGACCAUCCGGAACAUCAUGUCAGAGCCUUCUCCAGUGCGUGUACAUACGUUUGAAUGGUCGGCCCUUUCGUUGGGCUGGUACGAGUCUCUGCUGUGGGGAUUUAUUUUCUCGAGCGAAAUGGUUGUCGGCUCUGCGUCGGGUGCAACCCCAGGCACCGUCGGCGUGUGGAAUGGAACUGGGAUCAGGUUGUUCAAAGUCCAGGAGGCUGCCGCACAAGGCCCGACAUUACUAGCCCCCAAGGGUGCGGUGGAUGCUGUUGGAAGCAAUUUGGUCCAACGUAUUGGGAGCCUAAGCUUACGACGCUCAAAUACGCAGGACUCCCAGAUGAAUUCCAGAUCAGCAUCUGUUCGAGAAGUUUGA